AUGGGACCACGAACAGCUGCAGCCUUCUCCAGCGACCACCUGGAGUCUUCCAUUGCAGCAUUUUCUCAUCGUGAGGCCGAAAGAUGUGACGUGACCUCUUCGCUGCGAGCGGCGUCUGCCGAGCCCCCGACGCCGCUCUACCCUCGCAGCCUGCUGGCGACUAAACCCGGCAGCCCGGCAGACACGCCGCACGGGUUCCAGCGGUGGAGCGCCUCAGGCAUCGGCGCCGAGAGCCCAGUGCGGCGAGAGAAGCAGCAGCAGCAGCAGCAGCAGCAGUGGCCGGCGGCUCCGGGAUCGGCGUGCGCGACGCCCGUCAUCUCGCUGCAGAAACUCAAGUCGUUCCUGUCCGGCCAGAAGGGCUGGCCUCAGAGCCAGGCCGAGAACCAUCGCUCCCAUGGCCCGAGCUUGGAGGAAGGCGACCUGCUGCCCAUGUACAACAGUGGUGGCGGCCGGGCGUCAAGCAGUGGCUCGUCGUCUUCGGCCGGUACGCCCAGUCCCAUGCUGGCCGCGCCGCAGCCACUCAAGGCGGCCAACGGCGCGGCCACUGCCAACACUGCACCGCAUGGCCACCCGACGCAGCCCAGAAAAUACCAGUGCAAGAUGUGCCCACAGAGAGUGGGGGCGCUGGCGAAUUUUUUUUCAGACACCCCUCUUUGUUCGAGCGGAGGAAGGAGGGCGGUGGACGCGUCGGGAAAAAAAAAUGGCUUUCGUCGAGCGACCGCGAGAAGAAAUUUUCGUUUGCCACCACCGUCCCCGCGUCCGCCGCUAGUAACCCGCGAAAAUGACACUGUGAACGGCGGCAGCUGCGAGCUGAGAACGACAUGUGGUUAUGCGAAGGUUGACGAAGGAGUGUGCACGUUCAUCGGUGCUGCGGACUGGGCCGGCCUGAAGGUGUUCGCGCACAAGUCUGCGAUGCAGCAGCACUCGCGCGAGGCCCACCGCGGCGACCUGAAGCCGCACCAGUGCACCCAGUGCCUCAAGUCGUUCUCGUCGACGCACCAGCUGGCGCAGCACGCGCGCAUCCACACGGGAGAGAAGCCGUACAAGUGCUCCUACUGCGAGCGCCGCUUCAAGCAGCUCUCGCACGUCCAGCAGCACACGCGCCUGCACACCGGCGAGCGGCCCUACAAGUGCCACGUCGCCGAGUGCGGUCGGGCAUUCAUCCAGCUGUCCAACCUGCAGCAGCAUUUGCGAAAUCAUGACAGCCAAAUGGAACGCGCCAAGAGCCGACCCUUCCACUGCAACAUAUGCGGCAAGGGCUUCGCGUCGGAUAGCAGUCUGCGGACUCACAGAUCCAAGCAACACGCAGCGCUGAUUGGAGGAGCAGCGUCGCAGUCUUGCCCGAUCUGCCACAAGAUCUGCGUCAACGCUGAAGCCCUAAUGGAGCACAUGCGUAUCUCACACAAGGAUCCACCAGCCACAGCACCCGGCACAACGUGGACCAGUGGAGACACUUCAGGCGGCACUCAGUCUUCAGAAGACCAAGGCAAGCAGCAGCAACCGCAACAACAGCAGCAGCAGCAACAGCAACAACAACAACAGCAGCAACAGCAGCAGCAGCGGCGUGUAGGCCAGCCACAGCAAACCCACUCAUGCCCUGUGUGUGGCAAGGCUUACGUGAAUGAAGGCUCACUGCGCAAGCAUGUGAGCACCCACCCAGAGGCAGCCUCCCUGGGUUCCCCGCUGCGAAUGUGGCCCUGCACUGUCUGCCAUAGCGUCUUCACCCAUGAGACAGGAUUGCUACACCACAUGGAGCACAUGCGCAUGGACCCAAAGCACCAGUUUGCGGCCCAGUACUUGCUGAGCCGCGCUGCCGCCGAGCGCAGAGAGAAGCAUGGUGGGCCCUCGGCGGGUCCCCCCCAUGACAUGUUGUCUGCUAUCCAGCCACAGCCGCAGGCAGCGGCAUUGGCUGCAGUCAUGCAGCCACCGCCCUCCUCAUUGGCCGUGUUGCAGGCCAGCCACCUGGCACACUCCUGAGGCAUGGACUUCAAAGGUGAGAGCCGCCAAGAUGUUGCCCUCCUCCCCUACCUGUGGGCACAAGUCGCAGCGGCAGACAAGAUAGAAGUCCGUGUCUCUAAAUGAUUUACGCUGAGUGCAGCAACUGCUGGCCGCUUCAAAUGGCCUUCAUGACUUGGUCAAAUGUGAUCUCCCACUAUCCUUGGGAGACGUGUACUAUAUUGGUGUCCAGACGGCCCGUGUUCAAUAACGGGAGUCUGCAGCACAUUUCAAUUUAAGCCUCGUGCAACACCCAGUUUUUUUUCUUCUUCCCUGGUUAAUUUCAGUGUAACCUAAUACUUUUGUGCUUGUUUAGUUUUGCAAUUUGCAAUGUUGUUGCAUAUAAAAGGCUGUACCACAUGCUAUGCUUCCAUACUUCCACAUCAUUGCUGAAGGUGCUGUAUUUGGAUGAGUGUGCCGCGACCACUGACCUCUGAUGUAUCAGAAGGUACAACUUCUGAAGCCCGAGUAAUAGAAAGCAGAUUACUAUAAGGUGUCAAGGCGUUGACACGAUCUGCUUUCACAUAAGGCAACCACGACCAUGUCUAUGGGCAAGGAAGAUGAGUGCAGUGGCUGCCUUUCUGCACUUUGUAAUUGCCAUCAGUUGGGUUCACUUUCUCAAUGCCUUUUGCUUCAGGUGAGCCAUGUGACCUAACACACAAGUUAGAGCCUUGCUCUGACUGCUGCAUUGCGUGUUGAUAAUGCAUCACAUUGUAUUCUGGACUUUCGGGGAUAUCUGCAUAGCAAAUAUUGCAAGAUUUAAAUAUCUCCCUUUCUUCCAAUGCUCGGAUGUAUAACAAUACAUUCUCUUACAUCAGACAGAAAAAAAAGCUAUGUAAAAGUGUCUGUUGUUUCAAAUUUAGUGCAUUGCAGCCUUUAAAUACUAGAGUAUUGAUUUGCAUUAAAUUAGAUACAAAAUAGCCGCAUCACUUUCAUGCAAGUACAACACUUUCCACUUCUGUAAAGUUUAUUCUUUAUGUGUGUAUGUGUGUGUGUGUGUGUGUGUGUGUGUGUGCAGAAGUUAUCUGCAACUGCUACAUCCAAUCCCGAGAAACGGUUAGAGCUGGCACAGCCAAGGUUGAAAUUGUCAAGAACCCCUUUCUGGGAAUUUCAUAUUCAGAGUUGUUGGUUUCCCUUUUGUUGUAUUUGAAUCGGCUAGGAUGCUGUUUCAUUUAACAGCCACUGAUGUCCCACUGUGUUUCACAGAUGGUGAAAGCGAAAGUGUGGCUUCAUCGUUUCUAGUAUGCGUUUCUAGUAUGCAGUUUCUAGUUUGAACAGGGUUCGUACAGGUCCUUGAAAUCCUUGAAAACCCUUGAAUUUUAAAAAACGCAUAUUCAAGGCCCUUAAAAGUCCUGGAAUUUCUUGGCAUCCUUGAAAAUUCUUGAAUAUCCUGAGCAUUACACUCUCACAUCGACAUCGCGACCUCUUGAAUAUGGUAGAUCGGUGUGUCAACCUGUCAAACUCCCCAUUUCUGAAGCAUUAAUGCAGCGUGAGUGCACAUGAUCUCAUUUCGCAAAAGUGCUUGUGAAAAAAAAGUUAGUUUGUGGCGAGGGUGAAGCAGUGAGUGUGAUAUCAAGAAAUUAGAAUGUCACAGGAGGAAGGGCAAGCAACUCUAUAUAUGCAACGCGCCGCUCAGUCAUGAAGGACGCACGAAAAAAAAAAAAAGCGCACAGGACGAAUGCUGGUGAACAACUGUCACAGCUCGACACUGGAAGCGUGCUGUUUAAACAAACCAAGAAGGGUGCUGAAAAGAACACACAUGAUGGAUCCAUAGGAUGAGUGUAAAAUAACCACUGUCUCAGUUCUUACUUCUUCGUUGUUUAGCAGCGUGCUGCAAGUGUCAACUGCGCACAAGCUGACACUCUUGAUGGGGUGGUGCCAUCGAAUUUCAAGGCUAUAGCCAGCACCGUGUGGGUUUAAGAAUAUAUUUUAACUCACUUCCCAAGUGUACCUCAAUGCUCAUUCUCCUAAUCAAGGCCCAUCGCGAGCGCGUCCAACACUGACGUAGCUCUAUAGGAAGGGCAACAAAAGUUCUGUCACGUCACACCAGAUCUGUAGUCAGGUGAGUGACCUCCGGACUUCUGCACCGUACAUAACGGCAAAGCAUCGCGGCUGCUGCGAAUAGCGACGAGUUUGUUUUGCAGGUGCUUGUGUGCCACAUGUGUGCGAGAGCUGACCGUACUGAGCAUGACGCGUGCAAAGCUUUGUGAUCACAUAUUUGCACAGCGCAAGACAACGAGUAGUUAGGACGUAACUAAAAACGAAGACACAAGCGCUCUGCACACGGGUGAAUGCGCAGUCCGCACGAAGGAGUUGCUGCACAAUCAAACAUAGAAGGCUAUUGGUAGCAGGUGUGAUAGCAGUCAUUUAUUUGCUCCUGUUGUCAUGCGGAGAAAUGUAUCUUGGGAAAACGGGCCGGUGCCUGAAUGAGCAUUUAAAGGAGCAUCAUUACCAUGUAUACUCGGCUGUGCAAGGUCAUUUUGGUAUCCAUUGUAAAGAUUGUGGUUGCAGACCAGAAUUCGAAAAGUGCACUGUUGUAGCCAAACACCGUCAGCAGCAAACGUGAGAGAUUAUUGAGGCCAAUCAAAUGCAAAUUCUGGGUGAUCGAUGCAUCAGCAUGGUUUCGGUUGCUCUGACUAAAAAAGAAAUCGAGUUUCUGGCUUUGACACAAUAGAUUGUGAAUUUGUGCUGAGGUGUGUUGUUAUUUGUCUUGCUAUGAUGCAAUAGGUUGCGCGAUUGCGUGGUGAUGUUCUGCCACGAGUAUAUAUUUCCAGUGUUAUCGCAAAUGAAAUUUCAGUUGAAGUCGGCGCUCUUUCUGUCCUUGUGUCUUCUUCUGUAGUUACGUCAUAACUACUCAUUCUCUUGCGCUGUGCAAAUAUGUUGAUUCCCAAUCACCAACUAGCCCAAGCACCUGUCUUAUCAAGUUACAUUUGUGAUCACGUGACUAAGUCAGCUACACUGCUACGUGCCCAACUCGGUCCCCACAAAUAGGAACUCAAAAUUGUCCAUAUAAAAAAGGAGACAAAUUAAAUAGCGAGAAUCUUGGUGCAUGUAUCAUGCUUGUUGGAGCUAUAAUUAAAGCUUGCGGCAAAGAGCGCGCAAGCCACAAAUAUUGUGGCAUGACCUCUUUAAGGCCUGACUACACGUGUGCGUUGAAGCCCAUCACCGCGCAGCUUUCCGGCAUGGCAUCGUGCCCUCUGCCUAUGGGGAGUCUGGGAGAGGGUGUGAGAAGUUAUUAAUACUAUGGUGUUUUUUUUUUAUAGUUGUGAUAUCCAUAUAUUUAUUGUAAGUGCUAAAAUUGGUCAUUUUUGAAAAUUUUGAAGUGAAAAAUUUCAAUUUAGCAUGCCACCUUCAGUCCUUAAAAAACUUGCAACAGGUCCAGGAAAGUCCUUGAAUAUGCUUGAAUUUUCACUUUGGGAACCUGUACGAACCCUGUUUGAAGUGUCGACAUAGUUGUCUUCAGAUGUUAUGAGACGACCAUGUGAUAAAAUGAAAAGUUGUUCUGUUAACAUAGUGCCAAAAAUUUGGCUUUGGGAGCAAACAUACUUUCUCAUAGAAACUUUUGGUGUUCAGUCUACUUUUCUGAGUUGGUGGCAUUUGAAUGCUACUGAAAUGCAGUUUCGCUGCUUACCAGAGGAGGGUAGUUAGGUAUGAAUUACUGCUGGGUAAGCCAUUUCUAUAUUGAACUUUAAUUUUGCUCAUAUUUUUAAGUUUUUUACCGAGCAUUGUAGAGAGGAUUUUUGUUUAUUGUAAUCUUCCUUGAAGUUGACAGUGUACUGUCAUCUUUCGCUGUAUUGAGUUCUUGGACCAGCUGGUUACCACAAAUACAUAUAAAUAGUUAAACAAUAACCCUGCAAAAAAUAGCCAGCAACUCAUACCAUGUUCAAUAAGCCAGCAACUUAUGAUUUGGCCAAUUUCUUGCAUGAUGUGCAGUGAUUUUAAAGAAAUUUGUCCUUUGGCAAACUGUGUAAAGCAUUAUACUAAUGUUAUAUACCAUUAACUUGUGAGCAGCUCUUAAUUUACAUGGAAUGGUAUGAAUGUUGUUGUCCUCUCUAACACGUGGUACAUUCGUGUUGAAUGUCAAGAAUGCUGUAUAUGCAUGUAGUAAGCUGAAAAUGAUGGCUCAAUGGGGGUUAAAUCAUGCUGUCGUGUAGUGUAAACUUCGACGGUGCACAAGUGUAUGAAUGCAUAUCAUGCUCUUUAUAUUUGCAUUUUUCUCGUUUUUGCUGACUGUCGAAAGCUGGAUAUCCAAAAUGCAUGUUAGGGAAUAAUUUCGUCUCUUUAUGUCAUGCUUUAAUAUGUUCCUGUAUUGAGUGCAAUUUUAAUACACAUCUUAUUGUGGUUUUAUCAUAAUAAGGCUUUUGUUUUACCACCUGGAAGCAUUGUGUUAGUGCUAAUCACCUAUAAUACCUUAACACAAAGACUUAAGUUUGUUUUGUUUGUGUUGAAGUACAGAUAAAAUCAAAAAUCUCUCUCUCUGCCACGAUGCAACCAAGUAGACUGCAAACACUGUGCCAUGCUGCCUGGGUGUUGCUGUCAGACUGGUGAAUUUUGCCAGUGCGUUCCAUUUCCUGAUGUAGCUCAAAGUGCACCAUGCUUCUUCUAUGCCCCCCCCCCCCCCCAGUAUUUACACAGCUGAUUCUAUCAUCAACAAAUAAAUCUGCUUGCCUGAUUGCGCAUCCCGGCACUUUAUUUUUGAAAUUAUUGUCACACUUGCCAGCUAUGUCCGUAAGCCUAUGUUUGUGUAGCUGUACAUGUUGCUUUUCUUGCUGCAGCUUUUAGGCUUCACAUUCUUUUGAAACAUGUUGCUGUUUAUGUUGCCUCUCCACUACUAUAUCAUUCCUUUCUAGUUCACACGAUUUUCGUUAAAGUGAUUAGUUGUUUGCUUUCUAUAAAUACACGCUUAGGAGCAUCACUCUUUUAUGCUAACAUGAUCAAUCAGGGUUUGCAUUUUGUGUAGAUUUUGACGCUGCUAUGAUUGAAGAGUGCUAAAUCAUGAGAGUGGGAUGAGAACUUGGCUUGUCAUGUUUCACUUCACAGCUUUAAUGUAUUUCAUUAAUUAUAUGCCUAUCUUUUAUCUGCUUCUUAGAUUCAAACAUGUACGUUCCAGUGUUUAGGGUGCCCUGCAACACUUUUUCAAGUAGCCAUGGAAUAGAUUCAAUAAAGGAGCUUAUUGCCUCACAAACUGACCACCACAAAAGUUUUUCACUAUCCGUCCAGUACAAGUGGAGUUACAAUGAUAUGUCACACGCUGAAAUUGCUUUCUUUCUUCUCUUGUCCAAACGAAAGCGCUAGAAGCUAGACAGGCAGUGGUGGCACAAGUGAAGAAGGUACGUCACCAGUGAUGUUCCGUGCUGAGAAUUUUUCCUUUUUCGGGGAAUUUUCACCUGUCGUUUUGAGCCGAAGGGAAAAAGGAAACUUUUGUGAUAUUCCAGGGAAUUCCAGGAAUGGGUAAAUUCUUCUAUGACGACUGCUAAUCAGCGGUCAGUGUGUGCCCUCAUCUGCUGCAAUCGGCUCUGACACAUGCACCACGCAGGCAUAGCCCUUGAGAUUCGGGGAGAGAUUUCUAGUUCACCCUUGGUGUUAGUUUUGAAGCCCACAUUGGGCAGUCUACUAACAGUAUAUGAAUUGUGAUGCUUUUGUUGUGCAGCAGUGGAGGGGCUAGCUAUGAUUCCAAAAGUCGCCAGUACUUAUACGUCAGAUACGUGUAAUUAUAGUAUGUGGGUGCAUAGAUGGAUGCGGAAAUUAGUACUGUUGUCCAGGGAAAUAUGCUGGGAAUUUCAUCAACGUUUGCAGGGAAAAAAAUCCCCAAAUAGAAAAUUUUCAUGUCUCUGAAUGGGAAUUUUUCGGCGUAGUAUGGAACAUCACUGUACAUCACGUGCUCCUCGUGACAUUGAACACUUUUUUAUAUUUUUUCUUCAGACGCGUGGCUUUUCAGUGCGAUCGCAUGUGAAUGCAAGGAUGCAUCGUGGCAUUCUGCGGCAGCCUCGGUAACUCCCGAUGUGCCAUGCUCAAAUUGGCCAAUGGCAUGAUAAGAGAGCCUAUGAAGCUAGUUUUUUAGCAUAUGGCAUCAUUUCUUGAGGGAAGAGAAGGUGAUUUUUAGCUGACUGACAAUUUAUUGUAAAUUUCAGGCCACAUGCUCUGCUGUAAUAUUAGGCUUCCAUGUUAUCAGGAGCCUUGACUACCCACCGGAAGCAUUUUCUGACCAUGCUCAAAAAGUUUUGCAGGGCCUCUUUAAGAUGCUAAUUCCACAGAAAACAUAAUGAAAUUAACUCCCACACUUUUAUUUCAAAUUUUAUUACAAUAAGCAUAUUGCAUGUUUAUGGAAAUAUGCCUUCGGGAGCUUUUUAGGCAAUAAAGAGAAAAUGAGCAUUA